GUGAGAGGAGCCUGUUGUCAACCACAUACUUAAAAUAUGAGGAACAUAAUUCAAGUAACAGUUCUCUGCCUAAUUUUCACCAGUUUGGCUUCUGCCUUCAAUCUAAUGUGUUAUGUGGACGAGGCGUCCAGAUCAAGAGCAGGUCCGGCACAGUUUGACGCUUCAAAGAUUGAUGUUAACCUGUGCACCCACCUGGUCGCCGUCUACGGUGACAUCCAGAACAAUGUUGUCAUGGCAACAAUUGAAGAACUGUCCUUUUUUGAUACUUUAACUGCGUUAAAAACUAGCAAUCCAGACCUCAAAGUCCUUUUCGGAGUCGGUGGUGCAGAUUUCGAUACUAACAAAUUCUCAACCAUGGCGGCGUCCACCGUGAACAGAAAUACCUUUAUCCAGUCUGUGAAACUUUUCCUGAGAGAAAAUAACUUUGACGGAAUUCUGUUGGACUGGAGAUACCCUGACACGAGCAACAGCAAAAAUCAGUUCACAGCACUGUGCCAGGAAAUGGCAAGUGUCUUUGACAGCGAACCGACAGGCGGCAACGAGAGGUUACUGCUCACAGCUGCAGUGUCCGGUCAUAAGGACCACAUGGACGCUAGCUAUGACGUCCCGCAGCUGAACACGCACCUGGAUUUAAUCCACGUGAUGGCGCAUGACUUUUACAACUUGCAAGACCGAGUCACAAGACAUCACGCUCCGUUGUUUCAAGGAUCCAUGGACACUGGAAAUCAUGCACGCUACAACGCUGAAUAUUCAAUGAUGUAUUGGAAAAACAAAGGUGCAUCCGCUGAAAAGGUUCUCAUGGGGAUCACUACAUAUGGAAGAACCUUCACUCUUCGAAGUCGUUUCAACAGGCUGGGAUCACGAAUCAGUGGCCCAGGAGAAGCAGGCACUUACACUGGGAAUCCUGGAUACUUGUCCAACUAUGAGAUUUGUUCCCACGGUCUAACCACGUCCUGGUCUGAACAACAUCAGGUUCCCUACGGUUAUUCAGGAUCUCUGUGGGUUGGAUAUGACAAUCAGGAGAGCAUUGCUAAAAAGGCAACCUUUGUAAUCGACUAUGGAUUCGGCGGAGCUGCUGUUUGGUCUCUGGACCAGGACGAUUUCAACGGAGAUGUCUGUGAUCAAGGCCCUUACCCACUUGUCAGUCAGUUGUAUGACUAUCUGGAAGCAGGAAUACCCAGCAUAAACUUCACCACGGCCGAGGAGAGCGGCACAGUUUGUCCCCAAGAGGGCGCUGAGAAUUCCUGCAUCGGAGAGGAAACGGGCAGUUUUCCGUGCCUGAUUAUCCACAGUGUUACUUUAACUGUUGGGGUGACCGGACCUAUCUCCAAGAAUGUUCCGGGUCACUAAUCUUCAAUGAGGAAUGCUCCUGCUGCGACUAUGACACAUCCAGCAGUAGUGAUGAUGAUGAUGAUGAUGAUGAUGAUUCUAACUCUUCUGGAGGAAUCAAUUACAACUUCUGUCAAAGCAAACCAGUUGGCUACUACAGCGUCAGUGGUUCCCCACGUCAUUUUUACCAGUGUUUUAGGGGAAUCACCUACGUCCACCAGUGCGCCGCCACGCUAAAGUUUUACGAAAGCUGCACUUGCUGUAACUACUAAUAAUGGGAAUAAAUCUUUACCGGGUAAUAACAAACAUACAAAUCAAUAAAACUACUACCCCGAAAUAGUAUACUCAGUAUUUACUCACAACCAAUAAGAAUGUAUUGUACACGAGCGAAUGUACUUUUUUAAAGAGCUUUGAUUUUGUGUAAGGUUUAUUGUUAUUGUUAUAGAAUAAAAUAUUUAAACACAGUUCUAGGAUGAAAUCAGUCAACAUAUAUACAUGUUUUUUUUAAUCAGCAUAAUUUAUGGGAACAUGGUGAUUCCAUUACUGUUAGUUGUUUUCAUAUCCAACAAAUAUAUAUAAUAAAGUGUUGCAAGCAA